UCCAUACUGCAGCAUUUUUAAAUAUUUUCUUUUGUCUUCCAUACAAUCUGAUUUGGGAUGAACUAUCCCUUUAACAUUUACAUGUUUGUGAUGUGUCUGCCAGUGGUGAUUGUGUGUCUAAAUAUCUUUUGUUUGUGCACUAUAGGUCAAACACGUACACAUAACACUUGGAGUCCAAUGGAGGUCAUUGAGAAUCAACCAUUAUAUGUUUCAAGGGUUCCUUGAAAGACUGCAUAGAAUUGCUGCAUGUGCAAAGGUGCUUGGAAUCUUUUUAUGAGUGAAAAGUGUGCGAGGCUGUCACAGGGCUACUACGGCGCGCGCUGACACAGUUUUUCUGCCACGCGCUCGCAGACUGACCGGAAUCUGACAUCUGUACAGCCCUCGCUCUGAUCGCGUUUAACGCUUUUAUCUCUGGCUGAAAAGUCUUCUGGUGAGCGGCUGUCUUGAUGAUGAGCGGCGGCGUGCGCUCGGGGAGGAAGGGCAUCUCGUGUCCGACACAAGACCCGAACUGCACGCGCACCGUGGAAAUCCUCUCCUCGUGGAACAACUCCGAGAUGAGCGCGUACAGGCUUGUGGAUUUACCCCCCACGACCACAUCUGUUGCCAAGGUGGAAGAAUUCGUUCACCCUUUCCCAACAGUGGACGUGCCUGAUCAUGCUCAUUACACUAUUGGUGCUGUCAUCCUUGCUGUUGGCAUUACUGGCAUGUUGGGGAACUUCCUGGUCAUCUAUGCAUUCAGCAGGAGCCGGACCCUGAGGACACCUGCCAACUUGUUCAUAAUAAACCUUGCCAUCACAGAUUUCCUCAUGUGUGUCACCCAGGCACCCAUCUUUUUCACCACCAGCAUGCACAAGAGAUGGAUCUUUGGGGAAAAAGGUUGUGAGUUGUAUGCAUUCUGUGGGGCUUUAUUUGGCAUCUGCUCCAUGAUCACGCUCAUGGUCAUCGCUGUGGAUCGAUACUUCGUGAUCACGCGGCCGCUAGCCUCCAUCGGUGUGUUGUCUCAGAAGAGAGCUCUGCUGAUCCUUCUGAUAGCUUGGGCUUAUUCACUUGGCUGGAGCCUGCCACCCUUCUUUGGCUGGAGUGCUUAUGUUCCUGAAGGGCUGUUGACCUCUUGCACCUGGGAUUAUAUGACCUUCACACCCUCUGUGCGAGCUUACACUAUGCUCCUCUUCAUCUUCGUCUUCUUCAUUCCACUUAUCGUCAUCAUCUAUUGCUAUUUCUUUAUUUUCCGAUCCAUUCGCAGCACUAAUGAAGCUGUGGGCAAAAUUAAUGGCGAUAACAAGAGAGACUCAAUUAAACAAUUUCAACGGAUGAAAAAUGAAUGGAAGAUGGCGAAAAUUGCUCUUAUUGUCAUUCUGAUGUAUGUCAUCUCCUGGUCUCCAUAUUCAACUGUGGCACUGACAGCUUUUGCUGGGUAUUCUGAUAUGCUCACACCAUAUAUGAAUUCAGUACCUGCUGUGAUAGCUAAAGCUUCAGCAAUCCACAAUCCCAUCAUCUACGCCAUCACACACCCCAAAUACAGGUUGGCCAUAGCGAAAUACAUUCCAUGUCUUCGUGUGCUGUUGUGUGUCCCCAAGCGUGACCUCCACUCACUCCACAGCAGCUUUAUGUCCACACGUCGUUCCACCGUCACAAGCCAGUCCUCUGAUAUGUCCGGACAGUUUCGCAGAACCAGCACCGGCAAGUCCCGGCUCUCCUCAGCCUCCGACAGCGAAUCUGGCUGGACAGAUACUGAGGCCGAUCUCUCGAGCAUGAGCUCCAGGCCUGCCAGCCGCCAGGUGUCUUGUGACAUCAGCAAGGACACUGCGGAGAUCCCAGACUUCAAACCAUGUAACUCAUCCAGCUUCAAGUCAAAGCUCAAAAGCCAUGACUCUGGCAUCUUCGAAAAGAGUUCCUCUGAUGUGGAUGAUGUGUCUGUGGUUGGACUCGUUCAGACGGACCGUACUAACCCUUUAGCUGCUGGUGACGGUACCGACAUGCCAAUUUCAAGAGGUGCGAUUGGUCGAAUUCCCAGUAUUGUCAUCACCUCUGAGUCUAGCUCUUUCCUGCCCUUGGUACGGCCCAGCUACAGAAACAGCCGCUCAAGUGUGUCCAGUGCUGGGGCAAAUCCACCCAGGAGAGACUCUCAUGGAGGAGUCCAGCAGGGGGCAGUCCAUCUCUCCACUGCUGCUGAAACACCCGAGUCCACUCACUUAUUAGACAACCCUAACCCUCAGUAUCUCUAGUGCUUAUACCUCUUCACUCGCCAUGUAAAUCUUACCUUCAAGCUUUGUGUUUAUUGUGAGUUAUCCUGUUCUGUGGUUUAGACCUUUAGUAAGGGGAACUUGAAAUGAAGACAAAACCUGAGAGAUUAAUCAGUGCUCUGUAUCACAGAAUGUAAAAUAUUAAAGUCAUAUAUUGUCUUUUACACGUGUAAUACAUUUUUAUGAUGACCUCAACUGUUACACAAUGUCCAGCAUCUUUGUUUCCCUAUAUUUUAAGGAAACAUUUAACAGACAGUGCUUUGAAUCAGGCAAAGUUAUUGCUCAGUCCAUGGAGACUUGGAGAGAAAGGACAUCACAGAUUAUUUUAGUCCGUCAUCAGUGCAUAUACAGGUAACAUCAGCUUAAUUAGGGAGUUCUUUGUGUUUGCUUUAGUAUUAAGCUUUACAUUUUUGUGUUUCUUGUACAUUAUAAAUGUAAUUUUGACCUUUUUGACCAUUUUUUAUGAUGCCAUUUCAUCUUCAUUCAAAGCGAGACUCUACCUGAAUGUUUUGCUUAACAGGAUCAUCUUAAGACUGUGGUGUGUGAGUUUUGCUCAUGAGACACUGAAAUGCUUGCUUCCACAGAACUUCAAAGUAUGCAAUAUGAAGCCAUAUUACA